UAACGUUUGCUGGUGGAGGAUUUUAUGGGAUGGGUCUUGUUUCUUUUAACAUGCCUGUGCCUGUGUGGAGCUCUUUUGACUGUGUAUUUAUGAGUGUGUGUGCUUGCUUGGCUCUGGGGGAGUGGUUAAGUUUGACGUCACACACUACGGAGUGUCACACCAUUCUCGGCACAAAGUGGCUUCCUCUUACUAACACAUUCAUACUGAAACACAUCAACAGUUUUCUUCUGGCGGAAUGUGGCAGCAGAUCUUGACAUAAUUGGCACCGCACAUUUGAAACAUAAUCAGGACUGCAACAAACUUUUUCUUUUCAUGCGUGUUGUCGACUUGGUGUCUUUUUAUUUUCUGAUUUUUUUCUUCUUUGAUAGAGAGAUAAUAGAGCAUUUGGGUUUUUUUUUUUUUUUUUUCCACUCAAUAAGAAAAGAAGAUGCCUACUGUCAGUAGGUACAUGAGUUUUCGUUCAUCAAAGCGAUUUAAACUGGUCAGCAGCUACCCAGUAGAGAGCAGCGGUGGCGGGCUGCCAGCUAAAGUGAAGAAAAGCAGGAGCAGCUUAGGCAAAAGCAGCAUUAAGGUGGAGACGAGGAAAGCCUUGAGCUUGGAGGCGGCGCAGCUCGAGAUCCAGCAACAGCACAAAACCCUCACGAGACAAACUGCUAUCAGGUCGCAGACGUUCGAUGUUGACAGCAGAGGCUUUGAGAGGACGGAGGGCACUGGCACACAAAGUAGUUUCAUGAAGCACAACAAGACAUUCCACCAGUUGUUUCCAGACAUUCCUAAGAAUGAGGACUUGAUACAUGCCUACAUCUGUGCCCUGCAGAAGGAAGUGCCCUACCACGGUCGACUGUACAUCACUGACACACAUGCCUGUUUCUACUCCUCCGUUCUACUCAAGGACACCAAGGUAGUAAUUCCGGUUUCCUGCAUCCACAUAGUGAAGAAGCAGAACAUGGCUUUGCUGGUUCCAAACGCCUUGUCAAUUCGCACAUCAGACGGAGACAAGUACCUGUUUGUGUCAAUGCGGAACAGAGAAUCCUGUUUUCAGCUCCUGCGUUCAUUAUGUCCUCAGAUAGAGGACGGCAGCACUAAUAGCAGCCCUGUGUUCUCCUCAGCUGAAAACAGCUUCGAUAAGAGCAAACCUGUGAACACGAGCCAGUCCAGUCUGGAUGACAGCUUCGACCAGCUUGAUGGUUCUGAGUCGCAGGCUUUACAGGACCGGCCUCUGCAUAGACCACACAGAGAAACGGUGCCUAAUGGGAACAGCUUGGCUUACAGGAGCCUGCACAUGCAGCAGGACGAUAGCUCGUCCUCGGAGGAGCUGUCAGUAUCAGGUUCAAGUGGAUCGUGGGUUUGGAAUGUGACAGAAAAGGCCAAGUCCCUGCUGGUUCAGAGAGAGGCCAGCACCCUCAACACUCUACUCUUCAUUUACUUGAUUUUGGUUGUGCUGCUGCUGCUGUCCUCAGGGUACAUCGGGUUACGUAUCGUGGCUCUGGAGGAACAGCUGACAUCCCUUGGGGCAUUGCCUGAGUUCACCUUACAGAGCAGGUACCGCCAAGACACAUAACACACGGUGACUGAAGGAGAGACUGGUCGACUCAUGACUGGAGGUUUAUUUCGGCCUCAUCCAGCAGAACACAGCAGGAGAAAACUCAUGUACUGGGACUGUGCUCCCAACACGUCCUGUGCUGUUGGCUUGAGGGGAAAAAUAGCCGACCUGUGCAAUUUCAGAGACAACUUGAUAACUUGAAGGGCUAUACUUCCUCUUAGUGCAGUACACAAACGGACACGCCACGAGUUAAUUUUUCACAGAGCCAAGCCAAAAUGCGUACGCACACUGCCUGGUUGCAGCGUGUGUGUCAUUUAAACCAAAGCCAAACGGCUCUAAUGUGUGUGUGCCACACCCUGGCCAAGUUGAUGGGCACUUUCCUGACACAAGCUAUUCCACAUGUGAGAACUUGUGUUACCCGUUGUCCUUCAUACAAAUAGUCUUCUCCCUGAGCAUGCAGUCUGAACAGGGCUAUACCAGUCAGCAUUAGCCUGCUGUAGUGCUUAUUAUUGUACCUCAACACCAGAAACGUAGUGCUAUGCAUAGCCAAAGAUGCACGCGGGUGCACAUCUUUUGCAUGGAGUGCAUGGAGAUGACUUUUAAACGACCUUCUGUUUCUUUUUGUUUGUUUGUUUUUUACCUUUCCAUCUCUCAGUGGUAUGUACAAAUCUUUUUCUCUCCUUAAAUCGAGUAACUGCCAGGUUCUUCUCUUUGAAUGGUUCUAAUCGGCUGUGGGUUGAAAUGACGAUGACUUAAAUCUCUAAAUCGGACCGGCCCGUUAUGGCUUGAUAUAUCUCCUGACGGUCUUAUCCUUUCUCUCUUUCUCUAACCAGCAGCGAUUGCAGUGGUACCUUUCUCGUCUUUGGCAUGAUUUAAACCAGUUUAAUGAUCAAUACUCCGAGGUCAUUUUUCCCUGCACUCUAAACUGGGUGAAAGUAUCAUCAAUGCACAAAUGUUUCGUACAGUAGAACACGAGGAGGUUUGCUCAGAGGCAUCUAUGUUUUGUUUUUGUUUGUUUUUUUUUUUGUGUACUUUUCUGUGACUUUUGUCUUCAAGGGUAGAUUUAACACCUGUCCAGUCCAGAUGUCCGUUUAUGUCUACAGGGACAAAUUAUUGUGAGAACAAACCUCUCUGGCGUUCUCUGCAAUUAUCAGUUUAUUCAAAGUAGCAACAAUAAUGUAUAUCUAAUUUUUAUUCAUGCAUGUGUCUGUAAUAUCGACACCUGACUGAUACUGUAAAAGCAUUCUCACUCUUGUCACCCAAAGGGGAGAAUGUGAGGUCCGAGUUCACAACAACAAAACAAGUGGUCUCAAGAAGAAAUUUCAGUAUGCAACAAGUUGUUAUGCAUGGUAAAGUGUAAUUUAUAUUUGUGUGCUGUUUUGUUUUUUUUUUUUUUAAAUGGAGCUUAAUGCGGAAGACAUUGUGUAAGGAAGUAGAAGGAAAAAAAAUGUGUGUGUGUGUGUAGGAGGGUGAAAACAUAAGGAACAGCUCAAGCGAGCGAGCGCACUUUAAAAAGAAAAAAAAAAAUGUGUGGUGCCUGUUGCAAUCUAAGACAUCGUGUUUUGGGUUGAGUAGAAAUGGCAAAGCUGGCGUUCUGUGGUAUGUGAUGGUGCUAAGACCUUUUUUAAAAAGUUGUUUUUCCACUCAGGGGAGGUGAGCACUACCCGCCACGUGGUUUUAGGUCGUCAUCUUUUCCUCCGUCGUUUGGAAGCCUAGUGCUCAUGUUGGGGUUCACAUUGUGUACGUUUGGCUUUUGGUGGUCUCUCAGAUGACCUUUUGAGAGCGAACGCUACUUCUCACUGAAAGUCAUUCGACUUUACUGAUGCAGCUGCAUUCAGCAUCUCAGAAUGUCCACCCCCUCCUCUUAUGAUGCUUUUUAAACUAACCUGACAAUGCAUAUCCACAUCUCAGUCUCACCCUGCUUUUCUUGACCAGGUGUUACGAGUGGAGUUAAACUUGCUACAUCCUGGUUCAAGAUGUUCACGUUCUCAUGUUUAGCUAAGGUUUUUGUCAACUUGCCAUACUGUCAGUAAUUAUAAUCCCCCACCAGGGGGCAGCACACACAUCCACUGUCCUUGAAUGGACUCAAUGCAAGAAUCUCAAUGAUGAGGGCAGUAUUUGUGUGGUUUUGCACUAUUCAAAGUGUUGUAAAUAAUUUUGUAUCAAUUGUUCAUGUCCUUAAUUCUACUAUGGUCCUAUUAUAUAUAUUUAUUUGCAUUCUGUGUAAUUCAAAGUAGUCUCUGUGAGAUGGCUUUGCUAUUGUUCAAAAUAAAUCAAAUGUUGCAAAGUAA